UUUAUUAACAAUAUAAAAAAAACAUAUAAUUUCCCAGAGGAAAAAUAUCAGGAGAGGAGAUAGAGAGCAUGGGAUGGGAUGGGACUCAAUGAUGAGGAUAACGUAGAGACGUGAUAUGGUUAUAUAAGCUGACGUCACUCUCAAACCGCGAUUCAAGGAUCUUUCCUCUGUUUUUAUUUUUGUCUUCUGUGUAUAUAUACACACAUAAGAGUAUCAAUGUCUACGGCUUCUUGGAUUCAGCCUCCUUGUAGAUACUACUCACCAGAUCGUCGUGGUGGUUUCGCUAAGCCAAGCUGUAGCAGAGCAAGGCAGUUUCCCGGCGUCGUUUCUUCUUCAUCGUGCUCUUGUGGCUAUUCCGAGAUUUUGAAUUUUGAUUUCGGUAAUGGUUUCUUUUUGUAUUAUUGGUGGAUCUUGAUUCUUGGAAUUGAUCUCGAGAUCAAAAGAUGUAGAUUAGUGCUCGAAUCUCUCGAUUAUGUGAUUUUGAAAACGCAGAUUCUUUACUUUUCUACAAACAGCAAAAGAACCAAAGAAGCUCCAAAGAUGUUCAACGAUUGUGAAAAAAAAGCCAAGAAAAUACAAAGCUGGAACCAUCAGGGACUCAGAGUUCAAGCAAUGAGUGCCACUGCCCAACGGAAAUUUUCGCUAUCUAAAGGUGACGCCGAUGAGAAAGUUGAACCUGAUCACCUUCUUGUUCUUGUACACGGUAUCUUGGCCAGUCCUAGCGACUGGCUCUACGUAGAAGCUGAGAAAAGACGCCUUGGAAGAAGAUUCUUGAUUUAUGCAAGUUCUUCAAAUACCUUCACUAAAACGUUUGGCGGGAUCGAUGGAGCUGGGAAACGAUUAGCAGAAGAGGUUAGGCAAGUUAUCCAAAAGAGCAAGAGCUUAAAGAAGAUUUCCUUCUUAGCCCACUCCCUCGGCGGCUUAUUUGCCAGACAUGCUGUUGCUGUUCUUUACUCGGCACCAGCCAGUGAUGGUGCUGCUGUCUCUAACUCCGGGAAUUCACAUCUUCCGCGAGGUCUGCUUGCUGGGCUAGAGCCGAUUAAUUUCAUCACCUUGGCAACACCUCAUCUAGGAGUCAGAGGCAGAAAGCAGCUGCCUUUCUUGUUGGGAGUUCCUAUAUUAGAAAGACUCGCUGCACCAUUAGCUCCAUUCGUUGUUGGUCGGACUGGUAGCCAGUUGUUUCUUACUGAUGGUAAAGCUGAUAAACCACCUCUUCUAUUGAGAAUGGCGUCUGAUUGUGAAGAUCUGAAAUUCUUAUCGUCCUUGGGGUCGUUCCGAAGCCGCAUCGUGUAUGCAAACGUAUCUUAUGACCACAUGGUUGGUUGGCGUACAUCUUCCAUAAGGAGAGAAACUGAACUUUUCAAGCCUCCACGCCGGUCACUAGAUGGAUACAAGCAUGUUGUUGAUGUUGAAUACUGCCCUCCUGUUUCGUCGGAUGGAGCUCAUUUUCCUCCAGAAGCUGCUAAAGCCAAGGAAGCCGCACAAAGCUCGCCUAGUCCUCAGAACACACUCGAGUAUCAUGAAAUAGUGGAAGAUGAGAUGAUCCGUGGCCUGCAGACUUUAGGGUGGAAGAAAGUUGAUGUCAGCUUCCACUCCACCUUCUGGCCUUACUUAGCUCAUAACAACAUUCACGUGAAAAGUGAAAGGCUCUAUAAAGCAGGAGCUGGAGUUGUUGCGCAUGUUGCAGAUAGCAUAAAACAGCAAGAGACGUCCACGUUCAUCACUGCCAGCUUAUAGACUGUGUAAAGUCGUCGAGUGUUUAACCGGUUGAUGUUGAUUUCCGGUUGCUUUUCUAUGAACCAUUUCUGUGUUUUUUUUACUAUACAGUUUGGGAGAUUGGUCCGGAUUAAGAACUUUCAGUCUUACUUUUUCCUUUUUCCAGUUCGUCUGUACAUUAUUUUCUUGUAUUACCUUGGUGAUUUUACAACACUUGAAAGUUGGUAUAGAAAUAUACAUAUUUUUGUUCCAA